AUGGACGCAUCAACGGCCUCUUUAACAGCUUCCAACGGUCCAGCAGUGGACCUUGACAAAGUCAUAGCGCUGUUUACAGGACCGAAUUCCGCAGACCUUCACGAGCGACAUGUAGCUGCAAUAAAUCGAUUAUGUCGCAGCAAUCAGAAUGGGUUUACCAUACGCGACCUACCGAAGGUACAGCAGGUGCUGGAGCUGAGCGUAGCGCUGCUCAAGCGUGGAAUUGGAUUGUUCUUGGAACCAGUAUGUGAGCUCGUCAGUUUACUGGGCAAGCCCUUCAUCCGACGCACGGCCACCGAUGAGUUUAAGAUGUUGAACCACAUCACCAACGUACUGGCAGCCGUAGGAAACAUCGUCUGCACUGUCGGCCUGCCAUCUCAACUGCAGAUCGUCGCGGCCCAGACGAUUACGACCUUUGCCAACGCGUACGGCAACCGACCCAACGUAUUGGAGCUGUCGCAGCAGCAAGCCGAGCCGGCGGAGGGAGCCCAGCGCCAGUACCACACAAACCAAAGCCUCCUCAACAAAAGCGGUGUAAUUACGAACCUCAUCAUCGCGCUAGCGCGUGCACUCCUAGCAAACGCCGACGCCGCUGACGCGGCGCUGGUGGCACCGAUAACGGGCACCCUGCUGGCAAUGUCGUACAAUGCUGACAACUGCACCAGCAUGGUAGAUGCGGGCGUGCUGCAGUGCCUGGCGGCGCUGCUGGCGCGCGGAGCGCGCUCCGAAACCGCUUGCAUGGCAACGGAGAUUACAUGGAACGUGGUGGAGAACGCUCCGCUGGCGCGUUCCAUGCUCGGACAGCCCCUUACGUCGCUGCAGCGGCUGGCACGCGGCGGUGACGGCGGCGGUGACGGCGGCAGCGGCGGCGGCGCUGCUGAAGCUACUGCUACUGCCGGGCCGGGGCCUGGAAGCAACAGCCUGCGAGGGCCAGCUGGCGGCGGCAGUACACUGGGCACAUACCGGAGUACGUCAGGCCGACCUAACGGCGCUGCGCCAGGUGGGUUCGACGGUAGCGUCAACGGCGGCGGCGGCGGCAGGGAUGCGGUCGUCUCCCGCGGGAAUAUGGGCGCCGCGUUGGGCUUCUCGCCGCCGCCUGACGGCGGCGGCGGCGGCGACGGCCAUGACGAGGACGACGAAUGGGCGGCGACGCUAGAUGACAGCCUUGGCGGCGCCGACGCCAACGGUAAUGGCCGCUUGUCGUACAACGGUUUCGGAGAGCCGCCGGACAUACGCGGUGGCGGCGCCGGCGGCGGUGCGGAGUCGUCAUCAAGGGGGGAUGCCGGCGGCGUCACCGCCAUCGUCGGCGCUGGCGACAGCGGGGUCUUUGGCGUCGCAACCGCCGUCGCGGAGGCGGCGGCGUCGGCGGACGAGCCCGUCAUGCAGUCCCUUGCGAACGCGCUGGCGGGGCUCCUCCGUUGGCUACUGCUCAACGGCUUUAGCAAGGCGGAUAAAGAGCUCCGAAAUGACGUGCUUGUGGUCAUCAAUUUGCUGCUUGAAGCUCCUGAUUUCCGCGCCGCUGCGGCGCACGUGCACGUGUUCGAGCCGCUACUCGCCGCUGCCACCUGCCCCGAGCUCGCUACGCGACCUGAGCUCGUCGCCAAUUACGCCCUCACCACCGAUGCGCUAGACCACGAGCUUCGACUCCUAGUGUGGACGGCAUUGAUGCACGGGUGUCUGUUGCCGGAGGUGCUGGCGGCGGCGGCCGGCGGCUUUAUGCGCGUGCUGCUGCUGUACGUCAACAUCGGCGAGGGACACCCCGCGGUACGGCGCUGGAACCCGGACCAGCUAGCGGCGCUGCGCGCCGCCGCGCUGUCCAAACUGCACACGCUGUCGCCGCUGUGCCCUGACGAGUACGAACGUGCCGGCGGCACUGCCACGUUGCUAAGCUUUGUCGGCGCCGCACCCCUCGCGGCACAUCUCGAGGCCGCAUUGCGCCACGUGCACCACCUCUUCACGUUGGUUCCGGAAUCGCGGGACAGCUUCGGAGCCGCGGGCCUUAUCCCCAACCAGCGGCGGCUACGCAAGGCCGACGGCGUACGGGCGCUGUUGACGGCGCUGGCACGGCUGCGCGCGUUGGAUCCACUGCUGCCGGCGCCGUACGCGGUGGCGGUUUUGGAUUGCGUCUGGGCGUCUAUCGUACCCGACAGGAAGAGCACUGCCAAGUUCCUUGUGGAGCAGGGGUUGGACCACGUGCUGAAACACCUUGAGGCUGGGAACAAGGGACAUCGGCCCGUGGCUUUACGGCUGCUGUCGGACCUGCUGGAGAACCCCCGCAGCCACACCUUCUUCCACGAGUGGAUGUCGGACGUCGACAAGAAGUCCGCGGCGCAUCUGCUGCUGAGCAUUUGGAUGGAGGAAGACACGCUUCGUGGCAUGUCGGGAGGGGACGGCCUGCUGGCCAACCCCGCUAACCCACUGGCGGGCUUGGAGAGGCGUACGAGGUGGCUGCCGCCGGAGAACGUGGCGUACGGCAACAUGAGUUCCGCCAAGAAGGAGGUCGUUGAGAUGGUGAUGGACCACCUUAACGGCGAAGUCGUCCUUGCCAAGAUCUACGGCAUCUUCAAGCUCAUCGGCUUCGACUCGUGCUCCUAUCUGGACCAACGAGACCAUGCCGUACUGGCGGCGGUUGAAAAGUACGCCAAGUUCCGACAGGGGGGUGUGUGGCGCUCAAUCCAGGCUGACUUUGAAGCUGAGGGCAUUCAACCAACAGCACCAGACAGGCUUCGUCUAGAGUCCGGCAUUGAGCUAUCGGCCAGCUUAGCCAUGGCCGUACGGGAAGCUCAAGCUCGCUUGUUGGGCGGCGCGCAGGCCACUCUCAAGACCGCGGAGACACGGCUGUAUGAUGGCAUGCGCGCCCAAGCCAAGUUGGAGGCGGAGUACCGGUUCAUCCAGCUGCAAGAGCGCACGCCACUGACGCUGGCUGAGAUGCGACGUGCCAAGGAACAGAAGGCAACCAUGCUCGCGAACAGCCUGCAGAGCUUUCAAAUCCAAGACGUUGGCGAGCACGAUGGUUGA